AGUUCUCUGCCAUCAUUUGCCCGUGCAGUUUUCAAUGAAUAUUGUAUGUGGUCUGUGGUUUUUGGUGCUGAUGAUUUGAAUCGGCUGCCGUGGAGCGAGAAGCUGCGUCCUGGAUGCGCGCACCAGAUGAUGGAAUUUCUUCUCCCGGAGACCGCAGCUGCUCGACCACCGCCGUCUCCCCCCGACAUGAGAUAAAAGAGGAGCGGAGCCAGGAGAUCGCAGCCGGGAAGAUGUUCUGCGCCAAGCUGACGGACCUGAAGAUAUCCGGAGAGUGUCCCUUCUCCAGCGGCGCCAAAAACACCGAGGAUGAGGAGCUCGGAGACUUCGAGGAGCGUUCCUCUGACGCCGCGGAUUUGCUGCCCGUUUCUAAGGACGUGCACGGGAAAGCAGGUGAGGACCUGCCUCGACAGAAGACCAGCAGAGCCAAAGUUAACCUGCACACGCUCGGAGAGAGCAUCCGAAAAUUGGCAUGUCCCGAGUUAGAAAGGCUGCAUGCUGCCCUCCAACGAAUGGUGUCGGUGUCAGACCACAGCAGAGACUCUGAGAGUUCUGCAAUUUGCUGCACACACUAUCAGAGUGGCAGUGAUGACCCAGAGCGUUUAGUUGAGAUGAUGAACAAUUACUCUACCAAAACAGCAAUACCAAUGGAAGCGUUACAAGUCGCUCUGGGAGAAGAGAUCUUCAACAUGUGCUAUGAAGAGGACAGACACAUCUUGAGAGUGGUGGGGGGAGCUCUCCACGAUUUCCUGAACAGCUUCAACGUCUUGUUGAAGCAGAGCAGCAUGCCGCCCAACCCCGAUAGAGAGGGUUGUUUAAACGAACCCUCGGUGCUGUGCUUAGACAAGGAUCCGGAUCUGCUUACUGUCUAUUUCUUCAACCCCCGCCCAACCACCGAGCUCUUCUUCCCCGGAGUCAUCAAAGCCGCUGCUCGCCUGCUCUACCACACCAGUGUGGACGUACUGAAAGACCCCCCCAAUGCUAAAGACAGCAUCCUGCAGUCCAGCCCGCAGCCCAGUCUGCUGUACACCGUCAUAGUCAAGGAUGCUAAAAAUCUGAGCCCCAGUCCGCUGCGGGCCACCUCAGCUGGGACCCUUCCUACCUCUCUGUUCUCCACCAUCUUCCCUUUCCACCUGAUACUGGACCAGGACCUGGUUCUGGUCCAGAUAGGACACGCGCUCAGAAAGAGACUGACCCGGAAGGAUGGACUCAGACGGCCUGCCACCUUCCAAGAUCACUUCACGAUUGUCUCCCCACAGAUCAAAUGUACUUUUCAAGGUAUUCUGACCAUGCUGAAUGCACAGUUUAUCAUUCGGAUCACGCAUGGCGUCUCCACCGCAGAAAACACAGGGAAGGUCAUGGACCUUAAAGGUCAGAUGAUUUACGUUUCCGAGUCGAACGCCAUCUUGUUUUUGGGCUCGCCCUGUGUGGACAAGCUGGAGGAGCUCACGGGUCGCGGCCUCUACCUGUCGGACAUCCCCAUCCACAACGCGCUGCGUGACGUGGUCCUGGUCGGCGAACAGGCCAAAGCCCAGGACGGCUUGAAGAAGCGUCUGGGGAAGGCGAAGGCGGCCUUGGAGCAUGCGCACCAGGCACUGGAGGAGGAGAAGAAGAAGACCGUGGACCUCCUGUUCUCCAUCUUCCCGGGCACGGUUGCGCAGCAGCUGUGGCAGGGCGAAACCGUCCAAGCCAAGAAGUUCGACCGGGUUACGAUGCUCUUCUCGGACAUUGUGGGCUUCACGGCCGUCUGCUCCAGCUGCACGCCCAUGCAAGUGAUCACCAUGCUCAACGAGCUCUACACCAGGUUUGAUCACCACUGUGGAGAGCUCGAUGUUUAUAAGGUGGAGACCAUCGGAGACGCGUACUGUGUAGCUGGUGGCUUACACAAGGAGAGUGAGACUCACGCCGUCCAAAUUGCUCUCAUGGCUUUGAAAAUGAUGGAGCUCUCAGACGAUGUCAUGACACCAACUGGAGAAGUAAUACAGAUGCGCAUCGGCCUCCACAGUGGAUCAGUACUGGCUGGUGUCGUUGGGGUGAAGAUGCCACGUUACUGCCUUUUUGGGAACAAUGUCACAUUGGCUAAUAAGUUUGAAUCCUGCAGCCAACCUAGAAAAAUCAACAUCAGCCCUACAACCCACAGAUUGCUGCAGGGUCGCCCAGAGUUUGUCUUCGUUCCCAGGAGCAGACAGGAGCUUCCGGCCAACUUCCCAGAAGACAUCCCUGGUGUUUGUUACUUUUUGGAGGCGUCCUUCAAGACUUAAAAAAAAAAGAAAAAAAACAUGGCUGUGAAAUUAAUGCAACCUAUGACAGAAUGCGCACACGUGGGAUAUGAAAAACAUAAACGUGAAUACAGUGUGGCUAAUUGUAUAUUUUGAUCGGGGUUGUUGGUUGGUUAUUGAUGACUUUGUCAACCAAACUCCUGCAGCUGCUUCGUGACAGAAAUGCCAGUUUGCUCUUAAACUUGAGUGUUGUGUCCGUACAAUUAUCCAUUUGUACAAUUGUAGUAGAGGGAAACUCACUCCAUCUUUCUUCCAGAAUGAGUCAUCUCUGCUUUAUUGAUAUGAUUUAUUAAAAAGUAGCGUGCAUUUGUAGCUUCCUUCGGAGAUUCAACCAGACUGUCAAAGAAAGACUUUAGGACUGUUUCGUUCUUCUUUAUCAGUUUUUCAUCUACAAGGUACAAUAAAGGCAAAACAAAUGUGGCCAAAACGUGCACAAGUUUCAGAAACAAACCACUUAAUGUAUACUCUGACUUGUGUUGAUAUGUUUCAUAUGUACAUUUUGGAUGAAAAGUUGCUGAACAGAUUACAUUCUGUUAAUGUUACAUAGCUGUCAGGCUGUGUAUCUUCUAACGCACCUUUGUCAGAAGAACGCAAGACAAAAACUCAAUUGACUUUAAGUGUUUUAGUUAAGAAUUUUUAAUGACAAUUGAAUAUUUUACAGAAAAAAGAUGUCUAAUCAAGUUUUAGCAAUGCAAAAGCAGAAUCAGGUGCCUUAUAUGUACUCUAUCAGGAGGAUCAUAAAUCUUGAAAAAUGGAUAAAUUGUUAAAUAAUAUCAGUAUUUUUCUUCAUUAAUUAAGAGUAACAUGCCAAGAUUUCCUUCCACAAGCAAAUAGCCAGAGGCACUGUUUUGAGGGGUGUGGUGUGUGUGUUGACAUAAUGUGUUUCCUGACACUUUCCUAACAUAAAGUGCAUUUUUACUUUUUCCACAGAACACAUUUAUACUAUAUUUAUUACAUCAAAUUCAUAGUACUCCUUUCCUACACAAAGAUAUAGAACACAGAAAGAAUACAAUGAAUGUUUUACUAUUGUCACUCAUUAUGAUGUGCUUUAAUCAUUAUUGUAAUGUAAUCAAAGUGCAAUAAAUAUUAGCAUU